GAAGAAAUUAUUAUUACAACCAACUCCUGUCGAAAAACAAAUAUCGCGUUUUAUUGCUCUUCUAUCACUCUGCAAAAUCUUUGAUAUCAAGUCUCUUUAAAUCUGUCCCUCUUUUUUAUUCUGUACGAAGUUAUUAUUACAUUCUUAUCAUAAUUAUACAUCGAACGUACCACAGUUUUAUUUUCUAAUAAAUAAUACAAAAAGUAAUAAACUGGUAGGCAUUUUUAAAAAAAGAGGAUUAAAUAAAUCCCUCAUAUUAAAUUAAGGGUCGGGAAGAGUGCAAACGCUGCUACAAAUUUAAUAAGGCAAAUAUGGUUCAACCCAAAUACGUAAAGAAAAACGAUUUUCAGACUAAUUCUUCGUAUAUGACAAUGACAAAUGAAAUCAUCCCCAAUAUUCCUAUCGCGUUCUAUUUUUUUCUUCAGAUUCCAUGCGGUGUGUUAAUCGCGAGUAAGUAACUUGACGGAAGUUGACCAGGCGUUGGAAACGUUCGAACAAAGGUAGGAGCGGCACAAAGAGCGGCACCGAGGGUAGGUUCCAAAUCCAUUUAGCGGAGUGGCGAAAUGUCCGCGUUACUUUUUGGAACUCGUUAAAAGAGGCGCAAGCCCCCGGAAGCGAAUCCGUCCGCGUCGGCAUCGUGUGUGGCGAGCGGUGGCUGGGAGGCGCGCAAAAGCUUUUAUACAGCGGAUCUGACACGAGCGGAGACCGUCAGGUGGCCAGGAAAGCAAGCAAGCGCGGAGCGCAAUCAAUACGCCCGCAGAACGCGGCGGUGCCUCGUGCGCGGCAGCUCCGGCUGAGCUUUUCAGUCGGACGUACGCUCGCGUAGAAAGCUCACCCAAAGCUAGACCGCUUGUUCGUGCGCGCUUCUGCCGCGUUGCACCGAAUCGUCUCGUCGCGAGGCUACACGGUGGGUGGUGGACUAGCAGCGAGCGGCAAUAUGGCGACCUCGAUGCGAAACAAAUGAUUCCGCGUGAAAAGCUUGCCGCGUAAGCUCGGCCGCCUGAUCCACCUCGUAGCUCGGAGCAUGGAGAUCGCGUUCGUCGAAGGGGUCUGAGGCUCGACGAGCUGACCGCGAGCCGGGACAUCGAUCACAGCCCGUUGUUCCCCUGUUCGCAGGGGCGAACGUUUUGCCCGAGAUUCGAAGGGAAAACAGGCGCGCUAAGGGUGAUCGUCAAACGAUCGCGAUGACCGAACGCCGAUGCGGAACAGCUCCGGCCAAGUGUUUGAUCGCGUGCUCGCUUGACGACGCGUCGCCGAUUUAGACUCUGAUCGAGGUUCGAUUCAUCGAUCGGCGAUCGAUUUCGAGCGGGGCAGAGAGACUAACAGCAUUAAAGGGUCGCGUGUGGUGUCCGUCGUUUGGGAUCGCGUCGGUCGGGUGCCGGCUUCGAUGGGCUGACGAAACUUACCACGGAUAACGCGAUCCAAUUACGCGAACAUGCAUUUGUACUUCGAAAAGAAUAACACUGCCAAGUGCGACUGCAACAUCCUGUCUCUCAGCUGGAUGGGCAAGGUGCCGGACGAGUUGCCGGAGGACGAGGGAUGGAAACUAGACCGUACAAAUUACUACCAGGAAGGAUGGUUGGCCAGCGGUAACGCUCGCGGCCUGGUAGGGGUGACUUUUACCGCGUCCCAUUGUCGAACGAGGGCCACCGAAUUUCCGCUAAGGGCAAAUUAUAACCUGCGUGCACACCGUAGCGAGGUGACUCUAGUGAAAUGGAACGAGCCGUAUCAGAAGCUAGCCUCUUGCGACAGCUCGGGUGUGAUUUUCGUUUGGAUCAAGUACGAAGGGAGAUGGAGUAUAGAACUGAUCAACGACAGGAGUACGCCGGUCACGCAAUUCUCCUGGUCCCACGACGGUCGCAUGGCCCUCAUCUGCUACAGGGAUGGUUUCGUGCUAGUUGGCAGCGUUGGUGGCCAAAGGUAUUGGUCGUCGAUGUUGAACAACAAAGCUAGAAUUACCUGUGGUAUUUGGACGCCAGACGAUCAGCAGGUGUAUUUUGGGACAACGGCAGGGCAAUUAAUAGUAAUGGACGUGCACGGGGCGAUGGUGUCCGAGGUGCAAUUGGCAGCCGGCGUCACCUCCAUGGCUUGGAGCGCUGAAAAAUUCACCAUGGAAGAAGGCGACGACGAUUUAACGAAUGAUAAAGCUCACAGAGAUUGCAUAACAGAAUUUCGUAACGGAUUCGCAGACGAUCGGAAUUAUGUGCUAGCGGUAUGUCUGGCCGACGGAAACAUCGUGAUGCUGCGUUCGUUCGACGACGUCUCGCCAAUCACGAUCCGUACGAACCUGAAGGCGCCGCUGCACGCGGAAUGGAGUAAUUCCAGGAAGCUUUUAGCCAUAGCCGGGACGAAGGAGUCUGACAGCCCGCAGGGUAGCCCACACGAGUACACAAACCUCUUGAAAUUUUACUCGGUCACCGGAAGCCUCGUGUACACCGCAGCCAUUCCAUACACGCAAUGUCCAGUAUCGGCGUUCACUUGGGGUCACAACGACAGGCGACUCUUCGUAGCGACGGGGGCGCGCGUCCACGCGGCAUGGGUGUCGAGACGAGUAGGAUCGCUGCAGUUGUUGUCUCGUUUAGCCGUGAGGGCAGCCCUAACUAAGGAGUCCAGUAUUCAGCAGCUUCCACUGCCACCGAGGUUGAGGGCAUCGGUGGCCGCACUUUUCGCUAGUACUAUCAGAUGUCCAGUACCAGAACCGAAAGAGCUUAGGCGUUUUGUGUCGCGACCACCUCCAGGAGGCGUCAAGUUAAAUUGCACCAUGCUCAGACAUGCCGUGGAACCAGUACAAUGUUAUACGUUGUAUCUAGAAUAUUUGGGUGGCCUAGUGCCUCUGUUGAAGGGGAGAAGAAAGAGUAAAAUUAAACCAGAGUUCGUCAUAUUCGAUCCGCAAUGUCAAGAUACUCUCCAAGUCGUGGAGGAUACGUCGCAACAGUGUCCAUCGUUCAGCGAUGGAUCCGACACGGAGAAGGACACGGCCGACCUGUGCGGUUCGCCGAGGAACAAGAGGAAAAAUCGGAGGAAAAGGGAAGAGAAAUCAAACGAGGAAACCGACGAUCUUACAUACGUGGACACCCUACCCGAGCACGCGAGGCUGGUCGAGGUAACGUCCAAUAUCUGGGGCACCAAAUUCAAGUUUCACGGAUUGGCGGAUUCGGUACCCGCGAACCUCGGUCAGGUCACUUAUCGAACGUCGCUGCUGCAUUUACAACCGCGACGUAUGACUCUGGUGAUAACGGAGCUGCGCGACGACGUGCCUGCAGGUCCGGACCCGUCGUUCAACCCGAAUCUAUUUUCCGAGGACGAGGAGGAAUCGUCCCAGGAGUUCCAGGCUGCCACGAGGAGCACGUCCGAGAGGCAACCGCCACCGAUUGCGCCAAUGACACCGCGAAACGCGCGGCUCAAUUCAAAUCGUCCGAAGUCUCAGGUUUCCAAUCAAUUCAUGGCCAGCGAAGCCCUGCCCUCGACUCUGUCCAGGGUCGACAAUUUCGAGAACGAGCUACCGUACGUGGACCUCCAGGAAAUCGGGAAUCUGUACGAAAAUUUGAGGAGCGGCACGACGAACACUUAUCGGACACCGCCGAGGCACAACCCGCCUCGAUGCUGCGACGUGCCGGCGUUGCAGUCACCGAAGAACGCAGUCGCGCCCACGCAGACUAUAAUUGCGACGUCGAACACGGAAACGGAUUAUACGAACAAUAUUCAAAGAAUGAAAACCGCCCUCGCCGACCAACAGCCGGGGUUGAUCUCUAAGAAGGAGCUCGAGAAUAACAAGUUCAAUCAGAUCUCUCAGGACGAUAAGAACGUACUGACGUCCUGCCCGUCGACUAUCAUUCCCAUGUCGAUGCACAACGGGCAGACCCCGAGUACGGAAGCCUCGAGCAGUCACGUUUGCUCCCAGGGUUACAUCGUAAACGGUUUAGACACGAACAACGGCUGUUCCCAACCGAUAUUUCUUAAUAGCCUGCACGGCGUAGCGUGUUCGAGCAACAUGAACGGUAUCCAGGGUAAAAAUAAUCACAACGCCAGCAGUACGGCGAGCGUUAACCAAACGUCUUCAGCAAACGCCCAACACGGAUCGAGUAACGGUCCCUUUAGCAAGAACGGCAUUCACUUGUCCAACAAUCAUUCGCCGGCCUGUUCUUAUCAAUUCCCGGAGAACAUCGAUCAAUGCAUUGGACAAACUUGUUUGUAUUGCACGUCGAAAGUGAAAGAUCCCAAGUGUCACGAGUUGUACGGGAAGACGAACGGCGGUCAAUCGAGUGCUUGCAGCACUGCGAACGCUACCAGCCGCGCGGACGAGAUGCGUUUCAUCGAUGAGGAAGCUCGCGCGGAAGCGGAAGCGUUCGAUCAAUCGCGAGUCGUUCACAGAACGCCGACGGUGGUCAGCAUAGGUCCUUUAUGCAUAAACGAUCCUAUAGUUCGAAGCUGCAGCGUCGGUUAUUUGGACAUGGUCGACGCUCAGCUGGUCCCUUGCGACGUCGCUUUGAACAUGCUGAGGAAGGAGGCACCUAACAAAAGACUGGUACUGGUGUCGAGAAAGACGAAGAGGAGAAAAAAGAAUAAAGCGCAACAGGAGAUAGGGCAGCAGACCUCCAAGUCGCCGAGGCUCCGGAACUGCGGUAAAUCGAAGAGUCUGGACUCUAGCGACAUAUUCCCCACUAACGAGCAAAUAGCUCUGCCGCCUAAGUUGCCCGAGCAUGUUGAAGAAGCGACGGGAGCCACGAAUCUCGAAGCCGUCGAGGACAAGAGUAACGAGUCUUUGGAAAAAUCGGCGGAAGUAAUUGAGGCGCUGAGUGAAUGCGCGCAUAUCGUAGAACACGUAUAUGCGGUUAAUUCUAGCGAAGUUAAGCCAAGCCGAUUAAAAAGUUGCAAUUCCUCUGCUAGAGGAUCUAGUCCAAGCGGUUCGUUAGCAUCAUCGUUAGACGGACUCGCGGCUAGACUUCGAGACUUCGACGAAAGUCACUCCCUGCCACCGCCGUCGCCUCGUCCAUCCGCCAGACUACCGAGAAGUUCUCCCAGCAGUCCGGCGCCUUCGAAGAAAGGUAAAAGGCCGGCCUCCGCCUCGCCAAUUAGAAGAAGACUUUUGUCGAGUCCAUUAUUAAGUAGAAAAACGCGUAAAAGUCGCGGCGAAAGUUCAGACGAGGAGGGGCUAUUGCAAGACGAGUCGUCGACGAACUAUCGAGAUCUGGAGACGUUCCAAAAGGCGCAAUUGCGGCAAAAGUUGAAGCACAAGGGUAGAGGAGUAUCCAGUCACAAAUCGGAAGCAGUAAGACGAGAACUUGUUAUGCACAAUAAAGCGCCGAUGUGGAACGAAUCCAGCCAAGUGUUCCAGCUUGACUUCGGUGGCAGGGUCACCCAGGAAAGCGCUAAGAACUUUCAGAUCGAAUUCAAAGGCCGACAGGUCAUGCAAUUUGGAAGAAUAGAUGGGAACGCCUUCACGUUGGAUUUCCAAUACCCUUUCAGCGCUUUGCAAGCGUUCGCCGUCGCCUUGGCCAGCGUUACGCAACGUUUCAAGUAAUUAUUAGGCGAUGGUACUUCAUUCGGUACGAGUAUAAUAAUGACAUUUGACAUUUAAUUACCGAUACCUCUUCUAUUGUGAAAGAUUCAACCUGAUAUUUACCCCCGUCGACCUCGCGAGCGGAAGCUUUGUUUAAUAAUAAUUGUUAACGAGAUUAAGUUAUAUUUAAAACUGGGGUGGUAAAGGAGUAUUUGUUGUUUUUUUUAGAUUUGUGUGAAAUUGGAAUGACGAGUGCUACUUGGAAUGCUGUAAUUAUAUAAAUUAUUCGUCCAAAUUAAACUAGAGGAAGAGGAAGAGAAGAUGAUGUAAACGAUGGCUAGAAAAAUUGCUGUAACAAUACGCUACACAUAGAGUAACAAGAAAACGAUGAGAAACACUUUUAAAUACAGCUUUCGAACACGUAAUAGUGCCACAUGUCUUUCGAUUAAUAAAAUUAGUGACGGGCUAGGAUAAAUCGUUAAACGAAAGAACGAGCGUUCUAUGUUCCAGCCGUCGCAACGACAUAACGUAGAGAUUCUGGGCGCGCUUCGGCAUCGUCCACUCGAGGAAAGCUCAUGGCCUUGUGUGUAGCGUGAUUUUCAAAAUCGCGAACGGAAACCAAAGCAAAAUGUGGAAAUAGUCUGGAGGCCUUACGCGAGAGCCUGUCGUCGAUCAACGCCUUCGAACUAUGAAAGCGUGACGCUUUAAAAGUCAGUUCGCGUAAUCAAUUUUUGACGAGUGAACAGUUAAGAGCGGUUUGAAUUUGAGCGGAACACAAAGAUUUUGUGGCAAGGGACCGUGGUAAACGGGAAAGAUGACAGAAAAUAAUGAGAAAGGUAAAGAUAAAUUUUGUUGAAAUGCUUCUUCGUCGUACCGUCCAAAAUAUUUCGUUUCUCCCAACUUCGAGCGCUCAUUUUUGUAUAGUUUAUGCGACACGUUGGAGUCUAGUAAUGCUGUUGAAAGUUCUCACCUCGUUCAUUUUUGCGGUCUGCCGAGUGUAUUCGAAUUUUAUAUACAUAUAUAUUGACGGAUUCACAGUAACCACCGCGAACGUUUCAUGUUGUUCGAUUUAAAUGUUUCUUAAGGCGUGCCGGGUUAUUAUAAAACGAGGAGAAAAAUGAAUUUUUUUAAAGCGAGAUCAACGCUAAAAUGAUACAACGUUUAAAACGUCCGGCCUGUGUUCGUCCACGUCGAAGCAGGACAGACGAAUGAUCGUGAAAAAGUAACGAGUAAGGGAAAUAUGUAAUCAGAAGUGAGUGCGAGGGGGGAAAAAAAGAUUAUUCCGCCUGUGUAUGCAGAUGUGUGCAACUGUGCACGUAUGAAACUAACUGUCGUCUAUGCUUAAUCCAUGAUCGUUGUAUUUCAUUCGCCUAAUUGUAAGUGACGUGAACAAGAAAAAGGUAAAACAUGAAUCGAGAGAAGAAUCAGUUUCAGGCCUACGCGAGACGCGCUUCAAGGGGGGUAGUGUCGUUUUUUUUUUUUUCGUUAAUUUCAGAUUUCGAGAGUGGGGCGCCUGAAACGACCACGAUUAGGAGCGAGUCGUAUAAGGACGCGAUUGAUCAUUAUCAUUAGUGAGCGUAACGAGAAACGUGAGGUGUUAAAGGGCGUUUAUUAACGUGACACGAACCUCCGAGUCGCGCUGAUUCGGCACGGGAAGGAUGAUGGCUCUAGGAACACUCGGCUUCUCACGAGAACGACUACUAAAUGUAAUCGUAUUUUUUGCUGACAUAUACACACAUGCGAGUUACAUAUUUUAAUAAACCGCGGUAGGUAAUACGAUGCGAUUCUCUGCGAAUGAAAUUUACAUCGUUCGUCCCGAUUCUCAAGCAUCGAUCCUUCUUUUCGACAAUGUUUACAGUUAAUUGAAUCAGGUCGCCCCGUGCUCACGAUUUAGCGGUAAAUUAUACAGAAUAUUUAUGCGACGCGUCAAGAAUAAUCGUCGGUACAUGUAAAAAUAACGCUGCUAGAGAUCGUACGGUUGAUUUCGUUUCUAGAUAACGUUGUACGUUCGAUUAAUUAUUUAUCGUCACCAGUAGUCGAUAGCACGCAUCCCAUAAGAUCUGCAUCAUCAUCAUCAUCAUCAUCAUCAUCAUCAGCGACCAGUCGAUUUUCGGUUGAAACUAUUUAAAUGCACACCGUUGCAUUUGCACUGCGGUUACUCGCGACGCAAACUCAUGGAAUUAGAAUAACGAUGCAAACGUUAGCCUGUACAAAGACUUAAAAAAGCCUCUGCAUAUCUGGAGUUUAUGAGACAGCGACGAACACAUUGAGCAGGGAAAAAAUGACGCACAUCAUUGGGAUAACGUUGUCGGUUGAUCGAGUCAUGUACUUAAUCGUGUCUUUCUAGCAUCUCUUCGAAACUCGUCAUGAGUUCGUGCGCCGAUCGAAGAGCAUUUUGUACAAUGGAUCGUUGCGAAUGUUUCCUUUAUUAAAAAUAACGAGUUUUACAUAAAGGAGCCAUUCUACGUAUGAUUAAAAAUGAAGAAAAUGUUAAAAAACGAAGGAAUUUUAAUGAAAGUUCCACGAUGGUUGACUUUUCAUACUUGCACGAACUUUUCGAUAUCGAAGGAAGACGUUCUUAUUGUACCUUGUCGAACAAGACGAACUUGAGUCACGCAAUUACGAGCUAAGUCUCAGUUCGUUGCGCAGCCGUUUUAUCCUUUCGGGCACCGUACCGUUGAAACAGACUUAAGCCGAUCGAUCAUCGACAGCAACAAUAAUUUAUUCGGGUCAGGGCGAGAGUGAGAACGAACUGUCCAUACGGUGGUUUCCUUCGACCGUAAACGAAGAUCAUCAACGGGAUGCUUUGUUUUACGAUGGAUAGAGUGCCUAUACGUACAUAAUAUAAAUCGACCGGAGCGAAACGGUGAAGUAGCUUGAACAGAAGCAUUACUCGUCGUAAUAUUGCUGAUUAACUGUCGUGAAAGCAAUUGUUAUCUCAACGUACUUAGGAAAUUAAACUGCCCGAAGUGUUCGUAGCUGAAUAAACGCGCCACAACCGUGAUCGUGAGUUCGAAAAUGUUCGGCCUAGCUCAAAAAACGUCAGGUAUACAUGUGCUACGUAUAUGUUCGCUGAACCAUCCUAGAUGAUAAUACAUACCCACCCACAGACUUCUGUUUCGUCGACACGUUCACACUCUUUUUUUUACAUAAGCAUAAAGAAUCGACGAAGUUAUGCUUGUAUAUAAAAACGCUGUAACGUGUGAAAACCUUUGCGACUGAACGUAAUGUACUUAGUAUUUAAUAAGUUGUAUUGAUUAAAGCGACACGGUUCAGGUCAUAGUGCAAAUUCGUUAUCAGUAUUGUUUUGUCUCCUCUACGAUGAGAUUGUUGAUUUGUCGUCUUAGCGCUGAACGAUCAUUCGGUAUAUGUGCAAUGCCAUUUUGUUACCGAGUACAUUGACGAUUACCAGAUAUUUGUAAAUAAAGAAUGAAACUCUA